UGGAAGGAUGGAUGUAAAUGCUUUGCUUAUCCACAACUCUCUCUCUCUCCAAACCUACUUAACAAAAUCAGAAUUCUGAGACUGUACAUUUCACUACUAUCCUAUUCACAACAAUGGCUGAAGCUAUCAUGACCUUUAACAUUACCAGACCACAUAUCCAUAACUCCUUCCAAUCACCAAAAUCUGACUGUAACCCAUCUUCCAGAAUGCUCAGACAAUUUUCAAGCUCCACACUUUUUAGAGGGUGGCAACAGUUGCAAAUCAGCAAGAGCAAAAGAGGGUCCUUGAAUAAAGUAAAUGCUUUGCCAGAUUGGCCUUUAAUGGCAGUGUUAGUCGAGCACAUGGAAGGUCAAAGGGACCUCAUUACUCAUAAAUCCAUUUGGCAUCUCAGUGAUCAAGCCAUCAAAAACGUUUAUGUAUUUUACCUUUUCUUCACUUGUUGGGGAUGUCUAUUCUUUGGUUCAAUGAAAGAUCCAUACUAUGAUUCAGAUGCAUAUAGAAAAGAUGGAGGAGAUGGCAGUGGCCAUUGGAUAUAUGAGAAGCAAGAGGAUAUUGAAGAAUCUGCAAGAGCAGAGCUUUGGCGUGAGGAACUGAUUGAGGAGAUUGAGCAGAAGGUUGGAGGUCUGCGCGAAUUGGAAGAAGCUGGUAGAAAGUAGUUGGUUGUAGUUAAUUCUAAUCAACAGAUUUUAUUAAUAUUACAAUAUGUUGUUUAUCCAACCUUCAAACAUUAAGACAACACUAUAUAUAUUGCUCCGAAUGUGUUUUGAUUUUCCUA